AUGGCGGACAAAGAACCCAUUGUCACACACGUCUUUACUGCCGACCCGUCAGCCCACGUCUUCAACGGCAAGCUCUACAUUUACCCCUCCCACGACCGCGAGACCGACAUUGCAAACAAUGACAAUGGCGACCAAUACGACAUGGCCGACUACCACGUCUUCAGCAUGGAAGAGGUAGGCGGACCAGUCACAGACCACGGCGUAGCCCUCAAGCAAGAAGACGUGCCGUGGGUACAGAAACAACUCUGGGCGCCCGACGCCGCGACCAAGAAUGGCAAAUACUACCUCUACUUCCCCGCCAGGGAUAAGGAGGGCAUCUUCAGGGUCGGAGUCGCGGUGGGCGAUAAGCCCGAAGGUCCAUUCAAGCCAGAGCCCGAGUACAUCAAGGGCAGUUUCAGCAUCGACCCCGCGAGUUUCGUCGACGAUGACGGCGAGGCGUAUUUGUACUUUGGCGGCAUUUGGGGCGGACAAUUGCAGUGCUGGACAAAGGGCGAGUUCGACCGCGACGCUUAUUCAAACAUGGAGGCGACAGAGGGCAACGCACUGACCGCCAAGGUCGCGAAGCUCAGCGACGACAUGACACAAUUCGCCUCGGAAGUCAAGGACGUGGUUAUUCUCGACGAGGCUGGCGCCCCCAUCAAGGCUGCGGAUCAUGAUAGGAGGUUCUUCGAGGCCGCCUGGAUGCACAAGUACCAGGGCAAAUACUACUUCUCGUACAGCACGGGCGACACACACUACCUGUGCUACGCGAUUGGCGACAACCCAUACGGCCCAUUCACAUAUGGCGGACGGAUAUUCGAGCCCGUCAUUGGGUGGACGACGCAUCACUCCAUUGCAGAGUUCAAGGGCAAGUGGUACCUCUUCUACCACGAUUCGUCGUUGUCCAAGGGCGUGAACCACUUGCGCUGCGUAAAGAUUAGGGAGAUUGUAUAUGAUAGCGAGGGCAAGAUCAAGUUGGCUGAAGAACAGCCCAAGAUCUAGAUAUCCUUUCCAACUCAUGUACAUAGCAUAGACCAAGCAAAACUUUACAUCCAACCUA